UGUGCUCAGUCAGUGUAAUCCCGUCUCUCCACCGGCCGACAUGGCGACUGCGAGGACGCUCAUAUGCUCCACGACAACCUGCAUCUGAAGCGGCUCCGGGCGGCCAGCAUCACCGUCGCGCUCGGUGCAUUCGUGGACAAACGCACACUUGUACACAGUGGAUUUAUAAUCGGGGUAAGCGUAUGGAUUCAUCUUCUCAUUCACAGUGCUCUGUGCUUGGAAGAGAUUAAGGGGUAAAUCUAGCCACAGAUUUGAGUUUGAGGACUGAGGACAUCGCUGAAGGCUGAGCGAGGAAGACCAUGGUGGAACAGGGCCAAAUGUCGUUGGCGGGACAGAGGUUAGGGGCCCCAGAGACUCUGGGGAUCAGCACCCUGGAGCCUGGACACAAACCGCCUGCUAUGCCACCUGGACGCCUGGUGCCCAUUAGAGUCCUGCUGCUGGAUGACUCAGAGGAGAUAUUCGACAUAUCGCAUCGAGCAUCGGGGCGGGUUCUGUUCGAGAUGGUCUGCUUGCAUCUGAACCUUAUUGAGGGGGAUUACUUUGGCCUGGAGUUCCAGAGCCAUCACAGAAAGAUGGUUUGGUUGGAUUUACUAAAGCCCAUUAGAAAGCAGAUCACACGGCCCAAACACACCGUCCUUCGGUUUGUUGUGAAAUUCUUCCCACCUGAUCAUACAGUGCUGUUGGAAGAGCUGACCAGGUACUUGUUUGCGCUGCAGGUAAGGCAGGAUCUGGCCAGCGGACGUCUCACCUGUAGCGAUGCCAGCGCUGCUCUGUUGGUGUCUCAUAUCAUCCAGUCUGAGAUUGGUGAUUUUGAGGAAACUCAGUGUAGACAGCAUCUACUUAACACCAACUACAUCCCUGACCAGAUGGCCCUGAUGGACAAAAUCAUGGAGUUCCACCAUAAACACAUUGGACAGUCUCCCGCAGAGUCAGAUUACCGGUUGCUGGAGGUGGCGUGCAGGUUGGAGAUGUACGGUAUCCGACUCCAUCCUGCUAAAGACAGAGAAGGAACCAAACUCAGCCUGGCUGUAGCACACGGCAGCGUCCUCGUGUUUCAGGAACACAACAGGAUCAACGACUUCAACUGGUCUAAAAUACGCAAGCUGAGUUUCAAGAGAAGGAGGUUCCUUAUCAAACUGAGAGCAGACCCUAGCCAGAAUAUUAAUCAAGAUACUCUGGAGUUUCUGAUGGCGAGUCGGGACUGCUGUAAAAUGUUUUGGAAGAUCUGUGUGGAGUAUCACGCCUUCUUCAGGCUCUUUGAGGAGCCCAGACCCAAACCUAAACCGGUGCUGUUUAGCAGGGGCUCAUCCUUCAGGUUCAGCGGGCGGACACAGAAGCAGGUGAUAGAUUACGUGAAGGAAAAUGAGUUUAAAAAACUGCCCUUUGAUAGGAAACAUAGUAGAGUGCAGUAUAGCAGCAGCCUGUCACCUCUGCGUCACCAAGUGCCAAAUCAAUCUGUCAAGCAGUGCUGGGAGGGCUCAUUUUUAGUAAGCUCAGAAGAUUCUGCGGUAGUAAGACCAGGCGGAAACUCCUCCCCAUCAACUCAGCGCAACGGAUGCAGCGACCAAACGUACCCCAUUCAAGAGGACAGCAGCAGUCCGGCAGCUAAGCAGCCGCCUGUCGAUCAAGCAGAGGUGACGUGUGCUUUGGUAACAUUAGUUAACGGUCACGCUGAUGACUGUAGAGGAGCGACGCCAUCUCCUCUCAUCUCCCCCAUGCUGAAUGACACUGGUGCCAUACGCACUGAUGAUGAGGAGGACAACAGGAGGAAGAACUGUCCCGCUGAUAACGCGUACUUCAUAGCUAAAGAGUUGCUGAACACUGAGAGGACGUACCUCAAGGACCUGGAGCUGAUCACAGUGUUGUUUCAGGGAGUGUUGGAUAAAGAGGAUUGUGUUCCUGACGCUCUGAAGACACUGUUGAGUUCCACCUAUGAGCCGCUACAUUCCCACCACACACACUUCCUCCAGGAGCUCGAGGAGAGACUAUCACUGUGGGAAGGCCGAUGCAAUAUGCAGGUUAAAGGAGAAAUCCAGCGUAUAGGAGACCUGCUGCUGAAGACCGUACAGGAGAUGAAGGCUCUCUCAGCUCAGCUGCAGACGAGCUCAGAGUGUGUGUUUGCACUGGAGAGAGCAUGUGUCGCGUCCCGCAGUCUGGAGUGUGUGUGCCGUGAGUUUGAGCUGCAGAAGGUGUGCUACAUUCCUCUGAACGUCUUUCUGCUGAGUCCUCUCCAUCGCCUGCUGCACUACAGACAGAUACUAGACAGACUCUGCAAACACUUCCCGCCGUCACACACCGACUAUAGCGACUGCAAAGCUGCAUUGGACGAUGUGUGUGAAUUGGAGGCUGCGCUUCGUCCUGGUCUGGAAGAGAUUGAGAACUAUCAGAAACUCCUGGAGCUUCAGAAGGAUUUGAUUGGUGUUGAGCAUCUGGCCGUGGCUGGACGUCAGCUCAUCAGACUGGGCUGCCUCAGCAAACUCUCUGGGAAAGGCCUUCAACAGCGCAUGUUCUUCCUGUUUAAUGGUGUUCUGUUGUACAGCAGCCGAGGGAUAACAUCAGCCAAUCAGUUUACAGUGCACAGACAACUUCCUCUGCACGGCAUGACAAUCCGGGAGAGUGAGGACGAGUGGGGCGUCCCGCACUCCUUCACACUGAUGGUGCAGCAGCAGUCACUGGUGGUCGCCGCAUGUUCAGAGUCAGAAAUGGAGAAAUGGAUGGAGGAUUUAAAGAUGGCGGUUGACAUGGCUGAAGAGUCUAAUGGACCAACUGCUGACCUGCUGACUGCUAGCAAGGAUGUCAAAUUCUCUGAAGUGGAGUCAGAGGACGAUCUUUGUGGGUCUCGAACAUCUUUGCAACGCAACGGCAACGACUCCGCAAUCACUCUUCAGCGCAGCAACACCACAGCACAUGUGUGCUGGCAUCGCAACACCAGUGUUUCCAAGAUGGACUUCAGCAUCGCCAUAGAGAACCAGCUCUCAGGAAAUCUGCUCCGAAAGUUUAAAAACAGUAACGGCUGGCAGAAACUCUGGGUGGUUUUCACCAAUUUCACCCUGUUCUUCUACAAAACACAUGAGGAUGAGUAUCCGUUGGCCAGUCUGCCGUUGUUGGGUUACUCGGUAACACAUGCCGGCGAGUCAGAAAACAUCCAUAGAGAUCACGUCUUCAAACUGCAUUUCAAAUCUCACAUCUACUACUUCAGAACAGAGAGUGAAUACUUUUUCGAAAGAUGGAUGAAGGUGAUCAGAAGUGCUACAGUCUCUGCCAGCAGAACCCGCUAUCGGAACCGGACAGAACUGGACUGAACCACGUAGAACCUGCCAUGUGAACCGGACCGAACCAGGCUGAACCCCACAGAAACUGCCAUCCGACCUGGACAGAAAAAAACAACCAACAAACUAACAGACCAGUGCAGGCAUAUAGGGAGCAACCAUCUCAGUGUGUGUGUGUGUGUG